CUCAGGCUCAGCCUCCAAUGCCAACCAUCAGCUCCAGCCCAACCCACACUCCCCACUGACACAAGUAAUCAGAUAACAUCCGGAAUCCGCAGGUGGGAGAGGUAUUGCCGCUCCCACUCAACACAAUACCACGUCUAUCACCCAUUUGACGACAAACACAGUCACCAUCUCCGGUUCCAGCGCCGCUCCCGAUCCACACGGUUCAGUCCCGGUUUGAGAUAUUUCAGGUGGAAGAACUGUCCAUUUGAAGAUUUUGUCAUUGGACGUAUCAUCUGAUUAAGUGGAAAAAUGCGACAAGUAAGAUUCUGUCAUUUCGGCUUCCUGGUCAUUGUUAUGCUGGCUAUUCUAUACUUGUUUCCAGGAAGGAUGGGAGAUAUGCCCAAGAGUGCGAUCUCAGAUAUUCAUGCCUUCUACCUCAGAGUUGCCAGGUCCAAAGCCGCUCCAAGACAGGUGCAGGAAGAAAGGAGGAAAAGACUAGAGGAUCUGUGCACAGAUUCUGAAUAUAGCUUCCCAGGGAAAAGUCGCAACUUUACCAAAAUUCCAAACAAAGAGUUUAGGAAUUUAAUUGUAAUCGACAAACUCAAGGUGAUCUACUGUUUUGUUCCCAAAGUGGCCUGUACGCAGUGGAAGCGAGUCCUCUUUGUGCUGAAUAACAAUUUAGGAUUUCACGAACCAGAAAGUAUCAACCAAGAUUUUGUCCAUAAUUACUUCACCAGACUGCAAAGAAAAGUAAACAGAGACACGGUUCUCAACAAGCUGAAGGAUUACAAGAAGUUUCUAUUUGUGCGAGAUCCCUUUGUCAGGCUGAUUUCUGCAUUCCGAGAUAAGAUUGCACGUGUAAACAAAGUAUUCUACCCUUAUUCAUUCAGGAUGCUCAAGAUGUAUGGAAAUAUCUCCCACCCUCCCAUUUCUGCUGAGAAAGCAGAAGAAGAGGGCGUCAAACCCACCUUCUCUCAUUUUGUCCAGUAUUUGUUGGAUACCCAAACUGAGAAGGAGAUUGCUUUUGAUGACCACUGGCGCCAGAUGUACCGGCUCUGUCACCCGUGUCAUAUCAAGUAUGAUUUUAUUGGUAAAUUAGAGACAUUGGAUGAAGACACCGCUUACUUGCUCCAACUCCUAAAUGCAGAAAAAUAUUUUGAAUUCCCAUCCAAAUAUCCAAACCAAACAACCACCAGCUACGUGGAGCAAUGGUUCAAGAUCAUUCCAAAACCUUGGAGGGAAAAGUUAUAUCAACUUUACAAACCUGACUUUACCCUCUUUGGUUACCCAAAGCCCAUAUAUCUGUUCCCUGAUGGAGAACAGUGACAGGAAACCUCUUAAAGGUACACACUUAGGUAUACAAAUGCUCAGAUCCACAUAUGAACACAUACAUGUACAUAUAUAUAUAGACACAUACACACAUUCACACACGUUAUUACCUCUAAAACAUUUGCACACACAUUAUAAUCUCAAAUCUUAAUAAGAAUGUUAGAAUGGAAAAGAACUGCUGAAAGCUUUAUUGGAUAAUAAUAAUAAUAAUAA